CGCCGCUGUCACCGCACCGUCUGCUUCCCUCCUUGCCACGCGGCAUUCCGUUUGUGCUGGCCUGAGGAUACUGCUGAGGAGUUUACUCUUCUCUCAUAUACACACUACCCCAACACAGCUUUAACUAGAGGAACAUCACCGCACGAGCUAGACAGAGGGCUAUGAAGAGGCGUCUCUGCUCUCGUUAGUGUAGAAUGUUUGGAUUUGAGACUUAUCGAUAGCUUUUAUCGUGUCUACCUUUUCAGCCAAUUGUGGCUCAUUUGACGCAAAAGUAGUUAGGGGGCGGGGCCAGAUACAAACCAAUGAGAACUUGCGUUUUUAAGGAAGGGGCUGGGCUUCGCGCGGAGAAUAAAGCAGAGACUGCACGGGAAACGGUGAGUGAUGAAUGAGUGGGUGUUUCUUGGAGACCUGCGAGAAAUCGUGAGGCGGUGCGUGUUGUAGGGCCGGUGAACACUGAAGACAGCGGGCAGUCCGCACACAAACAUACGCACACUGGCAGUUAUCUACGGCACCGCUGCCGGUGCGACCGCUGUUCAGUCCUGGCGGCUCAUUCUCACCACGCGAACAGAUUCGCGAACGCACGAACGCACGACUGGGCAGACUACGGUGCUGCGCUGGCACAGGAGUGUGACAGUCUCCACCAUUCGAACGUUCACGACAGCAACGACGACCUUUGUGAAGCACUGAGGACCUCAAACGGGAGCAGAGACGGCCUAAGUCCUGGGUGUGGAGGUGGUGGCAGUCGUGGUAGUGGUGCUGACUUGAGUGGUUGUGGUUAUAAUGUGGUCGCUGCUGGUGUCGGCGGUGUGUUUGGCAGAAGCGUGACGGACACGGCCUGGGAGCUCCCAACACGUGGUGGUUGUGGAGGCGGCGGUGGUGGCAGUAAGUGCUCAGACGAAGGCGACUUUUCCAGUGGUGACAGCAACAGCUACAACAACGCCGUAGCAGCGGCGGCAGCAGCAACAGCAGCCAUGCUAGACUACUGUUCUAACCUGGGGGCCGACCCCACUCAGCCCCCUUACGGCCAUCACCACCUGAACCACCACCACCACCAUCACCACCAAAAUCCAGCAGCCAACUCGGCCGUGUCGUCGUUGCUGAACAUGAACAUGAAUAUGAACAUGAACAUGAACGUCAGCAUGAAUUCCGCCGUCUCGGCGGCAGCGGCUACAGUGGAAGCGGCCAGCAGACAAGGUGUAUCCGGGGGACAGUCGGGCAGUCCGGGGGUCGGGGGUUCCAGUACAGGCUCGGGGGGCAGUGCCUUCGUAUUGAACAGUCCGCCGCUGGCCGCCCUGCACAACCUGACGGAGAUGAAGUUCCCGUCCUCCUCCUCCUUCAUGUCGCAGUCGGACUACCAGCAGACGAUGAAGCAGAUGCAGCUGGCCAUGUCCGCGGGCUCCACGCCGCACGGGAUUAACGACAUCCUGUCCCGACCACACGGGCUGUUACCGCGUCUGGGGUCGGGCAUGUACCUGGGCGCCCCGCAGAUCCGAUUCCCAAAACUGGCCGAGCUGCCGGGUCGCCAGCCCAUCUACUGGCCUGGGGUCAUGACUCAGCCUUGGCGACCCCCACCUGGUGGCGUCACGCCGCAAGGCGGUGUCAUCGUGGACAAGGACGGCAAGAAGAAGCACACACGACCCACAUUCUCGGGCCAACAGAUCUUCGCCCUCGAGAAGACAUUCGAGCAGACGAAAUACCUGGCUGGCCCAGAGAGGGCCAGGCUUGCAUAUGCCUUGGGCAUGUCCGAGUCACAAGUGAAGGUCUGGUUCCAGAACCGUCGAACCAAAUGGCGUAAGAAGCACGCAGCUGAGAUGGCCACGGCCAAGAAGAAGCAAGAACAGGUGGAGGACAUGGAGAGCACCUCAGACCUCGACGACGACAACACUAACGACGGCUGCAAGACUGACUGCAAUUUCCUCGGCAACCCUGACUUGUGAAAACGUGCCACAGACAGCAUCAAACACUUGCUGUGUACAGUUAUUAUUUCAUUCUAACAGCCGUCGGCAGCCAGUGGAUUACUGUGGCGAGACCUCAACUGUGCUGCCACCGAUAAACAUAUGCGCCAACGCGCGGACACGUGGCGCGAGACGUGCACGACAACCCGUGUGCUGAGCAUGCUCACCGGAAGAGGGGCUCUUAGCGCGUCCUUGCUAGCUGACAGUUACCGGAAACAGUGAAUAUCCCUGCGCUGUCGCUGAUUUGUUUGAGGGCCUCUGUGUGUGUGUGAUCCUGGCUUCAUCUCUGCUGCGCAUCAAACUGGUAGAACGUCUUGUCUGAGAGGCCCGCAUGACGCUAAGGCCAUAAUCAACUCACAGUCUCGCAUGGACUGCUGGAAGUUUCUUUGACACACAAAUGUGGAGGAUGUUACAGAUGUACAUGCCUUUUUAAACAGUCAGGAUGUCAAACGAAAAUUUUCUCUUACUGGCGAAAGGGGAGAGCCGCUCUGUUUUCUGAACUCUCGACAUACAGACAUACUGCCAGAAAUGUUCAUUUCGCUACACAGAGGUCAGGAAAACUGGACUGUCGUGUUAUUUACGUUACUGCAUGACUGCAUGGUGUUCAGUUAGGACAGGUUUGCAUUUUUUCAAUAAUAGCCGAUAUAACAUUGCACAUGUUUUGUCUGACUAGCUGCGGGAACCUCUGUGAUUUAUCUCCCUAGUUGUCUAGAAAAGUUUUCAGUUGAAAACUAUGUCUCUUCAGUUAAAUGACUGUAAGAGCAGGUAAGGUGGUGCAGAAGACAUACCACGAACUUUGUUGUUGUUCAGUUGCACUUACUGGGUUAGCACAGCAUGCUUUCUUGUACCUUAAUGAUCACACUUUUAGCGCCGGCAUGCGCCCGGAACGUAAGAGGAAAAUUUAAUAAGUAUUCGCUUCUCACAUCCAUUGGCUAAGGUUAUCUCUAUUGUUCUCCCCUAAAGCGACCGCACAUUCAUUGAAAAGAUGCACUCCUAUGGAAAGUGAGUGACCAUCUCGCUUCUACCUCAGCACUGUCCUUCCUUUGAGACCCUGGCAUGAAAAAGCACUAUUGUUACCAUGUUAUUUGCGCUAGGUGGAAGUUCUCUGUGCUUAAGCACAAAAGCGGCCAGAGCAUCCUUCAGUUACAUCGGCAAUAUGAUCAGCAACCAUCGUAACUGUGCUGGCCAAAACUGCUCUCUUCUCAUUCUACAGCUGGUCUAGUGUCCUAAUAGUAUGAGUGCACCCACGAGGGCAACUUGUCCUGCUCUUGUCAGAUCCUGCCUUUAUUAGGGGCAUCAAUGCACAGCUUAGUUGGACACCAUAGUGACAGUCGUUUUUUUUAUUUCUCUAUUUCCUCACUUUUUCCGUUCCAUCCAUACUUACAUUUUCUUGAGUUAAUUUUACUUUUAAUCGUUUAUUUACUCGUUCUUUUGUUCCUCCGUUCACUUUUCUCUUCUUGUGCCAAAGCGUUGAGGUUGAAACAUUGUUAACGCAUAGCACACAACGGUGAGACAACAUAUCCGCUUCUAAACACCUCCAAAGGUUUUUGCUUGUUGAUAACCUAAGGAUGACUUCAAGAAGAACCUUUGGAACGAUAAUUGAUACAAGAGAAAUGGGAAAGUUCAGAAGUAGUGAGACUAGCGUGCGCUCCAACAAGCAGAAUGCCUGAAACGUGCAACCUCGCGGGCUAAAUACAUUUUGUCAACCUCUGAGAUUUAAAGCUGUUGACUGGACGGCACUCUGUGGUGAUGUUGAGGAGUAAGUAUUGGACUAUUUAGAGAACGUCUUUGAUAUGUAAACUAUUGCUACAUAUGCAACAUAAAUUAUAUCAAAUAUUGCGCAAUUCACGUUUUAACGUGUAACGAAUAUUUUGUAGUUACACUUUGUAUUCUCUGUGAAUGGUAACAAACCAGUUUAGAUGACGAUGUCUGCCUUUCAGGUUAUCGUCUUCAAAUAACCAGUCGAGUUUAUUUCGGCAAGUCAUGCAAAGCAGCAUAAAACACAAAGAAGCAGUCCCUCAUUCUUUCUUUGUUUGUCUUUUGUUUCAUCCAUUCAUAUUUCUUUUUUCUUGUUCCCCUCUGUCACUGUACUAUAAGUAUUCAUCCAGCUAGUGUGUUAUCGCUAUAUGAAAAAAAUUUAAUCAAGUGAAAUUAAGUUUCAGAGACGAGCCUUCUUGCAAAAAUCUUAACACAUUUUAUAAUAAAGGCUAUUGCACGAAGCUGAUGGGUAAAAAUGUCAGGUUUAUUAUAUGCAUCAACCUCCAUAAUUUAUUACCCUAACCCACCCUCACGCGCUACUCACACCUCAUUAACACAAUCUAUCGUAUCAACGACCAUUAAAAUGCAGUCUUACCACCUACCCUUGACUUGGUGAACGAACAGCUGAAAAACGGAUACAUCUCUUUUUGCUUGCUUGCUUACUUGCUGGGAAAGUUUAAGCGCAAUAUUACUGACAUGUUUCUGGCUUGACGCCAUUGUAUCAUUAACAUUUUACACUCUCAUUAUGGUUAUCUCUAUAGCAUUUAACAAAAUUACAGUUAUAACUCUUUCUCUGCGUUAAGCUGCCUAUUGUUCAGAAACUGUCAGUUGCUUAGUGCAAUAUUUACCUUGAACGGAACAUGGAUUCUAUGUUUAAAAAAACCCACUUUCGCUGUUGUAGUUUUCCUGACCAUUGUCUAUCAUUAACGUUCAACCUAAGGACAUAAGGGGAAGACAGCGAUAGUAGCAGAUGGAGCGAUCUUUGUCGAUUAAACUAAGAGCACGUGGACUUUUGUUUACCUUGAAUAACCACUUAUUUUAUAGAGCAAUAAUUAUGAAGAGAGCUGCAUAAGAGACAUUGCCAUAGAGACAGCAAACGGCAUCAAGACGGUAUUCUUUGGGUCUUCUGUGAUCGUUGUGACGGCCCGAGACUUUACCAAAGUUGAGACUGGACCAAGGAGGUGGUGACGUCUGCGUGGGCUGAGUUUGAUGGGCUGCGGACCUGAUCAUUAAUUCUACGACAAGAAGUGAGCUGGGAAGGGGGUGGUGUUUUUCUAUCAGCAUGCGAAGGCUGCGACCUUUGUCACAGCCACGGGCAUGUUGUAUAUCUCGGAGAUUAUUAAACUACGGCCUUUAUUGCUUCUGUUUGCUUUCUAUGAACCGGACGCAAUGGAGUUGCCCGCCCUUUGCAUAGACCGGCAGCCUCCGCCUAGCUGAUAACAUUGUUAGGGGAGGCAACCUGGCUAUUUCCGGGCAACCACCGUGGCCAGCUCGGUCGGCGGGUAACGGGUGGUUACUAGGCUCUUAUCUCGGUUGGCAGGCUACCAUGAAAAGAGCUGACGACUCCAGUUGAGCCGGGUGGCUUCUGGAUAGGGUGCGAGACCUCAGGUACUUCCAGGUACCCGAGCUGACCAACUCCAGACAAAAUGUUAUACUUCAAAAAGAAUUUCGCUGAGUAUCGUUUGGUAAACUGUGAACUUUGCAGCACUAUUAGUAAUAUCUUUAUUUGUACGCAGCUACAACUUCGCCUGUUUGUUAGCUGAUUUACACAUUUAUUUUAUUUCCCACUCGUGCGUUUUAGGAUUGUUUUUGCCUGGGCAUACAUACUAUACAUAUAAGCUAUGUCGACAAAGGCCUAAAAAUAUGGCCUACCCGUAUUUAGGAAAUUUUGUAACGCGAUUAACGCGACCAUGCUUGGUCCAAAAGCGGCAAAUGGAGAGAAUUUUGCGUGGAAGCCGUUAGCCUGUCAGCGUGGGUAAGCAUAAUGAAUAAAGCCAACAGAAAGUAAAAUCAUGUAAUACACCGAUAUUUGAACUGAUCUACAUGCCAAAAAUGAUUACUGAUUGAAAUAACAGCAGUGGAUCAAAAGAGAGUAUUGUAACGACUUUGGCAUUUCAUUUUUGCUAAAGAACACAAGAAUGCAGUAAUGAAAAAUUAAGGGCUUAGCCACAAUCCUGGGUCUGCCAGAAAAUUUUGACACUGAGGUCUAUGAGUUCAUCUCGCCUUAUUUUUUGCGUAUUCUUUUGUGUGCGUCUUGUACAGUUGUAUUUACGCUGACGAGUCGCAAAGCCCGUAAAGAAUUAAAAUCGUUCUCUGAGAUUUAAAUGAGAAAUCCGUGAGCGAACAAAAUGAUUUGAAGUUCAGCAAUAUAUGCACAAAUCACUUGUGGAAUAGAAAGUUAAAUGUGAUAAAUUAAUACUCCCUAAGCCUUCGUGCCAAUCCUUAAGCCCACAAAUGGAUUUUUCUUCUCUCUCAUUUGAUUUUGAUUGUUUAGUAAUUAUUUUUUUAUGAAUCACAUUAUUUAAUGAUCAUUCUUUCCUUACUCUUAAACGAGAUUUUACCCGUCUUUAUGCUCUGUUUUUUUUUCUUUUUUCGUCAAUUUAUUUAAGAAUGAUCACUCACUUACCAAGCUUUGCAUGGCUGCUUCUACGAUUGUGUUAAAGCCUGUUUCAGCCGUGUUCAUGGCAUAAUAUUAUGAAUACUAUGAUUGGUGAAAAAAGUUAAUGCAGAAUGAUUUCUUGGUACCGCUACUUCAGUGGAAAUAUCUGAUGAUACUCAUUAUUGAUUAACUUGAUUUUUCCAGCACAAGUAUGUUAAUGCAUGCUUGCGUAAAUUACUGGAGCUCUUACCAAGAAAAUUAAUUAGUGUGAUUUAAAGGGCUAUAGUGACACAUGUACUUUUUUUCAAAAGCUACUUAAUAGUCUGGGUUUAGCUCGGUUUUUGGUGCAGUAUUUUAACCAACAACAAGCUCUCAAAACGCAAUGCUUUGAGUCGCACAUGUAGUAGACUUUGACAAACUUCGCUCUAGUCAGCGUAGGACUUCGUUACAGUGAUCUCUCGUGAUUGGAGAAAAAUUUAGCUUAGUUGUCAACGGACAUGUUUUCGUUGUACUAAUCAAAGGUCUUGGCCGCAAAUAAAAUGGAAAAAAAAUCUACUCAUUUCUCGACGACACAGAAAAAUGUACUCAGAAAGUAAUAACGAAUUUCGUUCAUUUUUGUUCAAGGUGCUGUUUGGAAUGCAAGAUAAUGGACAUCCCACUCUCGUAUAUUCCAUAAUGAUUUCUGCUUGAAGCUUUUUCUUUCUUUUCCUUCUCUCGCUUCUGUUUUGUUGAUAUUAUAUGCUGUGCUUACAAAUUUUGACAAUCUAAAUCCCAUCAUAAAUUUAAUGUCUCUUCGAGUUAAGCUUCCAGUAUCCGACUAAUUUCAGGAGUGAAUAUUUACUGCGGAGCUACGGAUCAUGCAGAUCUGUAAAGGCUUUUCAGAAAGAAAAAAAAUUAAGCCGAGUAGAAAAAAGUUUCCCCGAUCUGGUCACAGGCUGUCUGAGGCGCACGCCAAAUCUUCCCUUGUGCAAACUAAUAUUCAUGUGGCCUAGGUAGUAAGGAUGAAAUUAUUUGUGCAGAUUGUUUUGUCCAAAAAUUCUUGUCUCUGGUAUCCAUCGUGCCCAGACGAGGAAAUCCCCACGAUGAUAGAAAAAGAUCAGUGUUCCCAGUCGUCUGGGCAACAGGAGGGGCUUCUCUCACUCUACAAGACAGAUGGCGAUUAUAUGUUCUGUAUUUACAUCGGAGGGAGAAAUAGAAUUUCAGAGUAUGUGUAUAUUUACUUUGGAGUUUGAAGUUUGUAUGUGAAUACAGAAUGGGAAUAAAAUAAUGGUUUCACAA